ACAUUCGUCUUCCAAACAAUGGAACAUAAUACUAUACCACCCCCAUUUCAUUCCACUCCAUCAUAUUCAACCAAUCCAAACAAAUUCGAAUCUACAAACUGAAAAGCAAUUGCUUUGAGCUAUGAUAAAUAAGGAUUAGGGAUUUGUUUUGGGUAAAUAAAUUGAGGGAAAACGCCGUCGUUUUGCAGCAAUGAAGGAAUCUCAUUCUAGAGACUCUAUGAUAACACCCACUGAACCGAAACACAUUCAUUCAUUUUGAAGUUUGAUUGAACUCUGAACAUUCCAUGGAAUAGAGCAUAAUCCUGCAACCUGAAACAACUUGGUGAGUAAUUCAUUCAUUCAUUACCAUUUACCAAUGUACCAUUUUCUUAUUGCUAGAUUAACCCAUCAUAGAACCCUUCAAUUUAGUGUUCUAUUUCGCAAUGUUUUUUCUAGUUCUUUCUCUGUUGAAAAGCAUCAUAAAGGUGACACCUUUACAGUGUCAAACCUUGUUAAUUCAUGUGAGUUGUCCCCUGAAACAGCCCUUAAACUCUUAAACAGGUUGAAACCCAAAAACCCUAAUGCCCCAAAUGCUGUUAUUCAACUUCUAAGGAACUAUGGUUUUUCUGAUUCCCAAUUAUGUAUCUAUGUAAAGAAACACCCUUUUGUACUUUUAUGCAAAAUCGAAAAGACCCUUUUGCCUAAACUCGAUUUUUUGCGUUCCAUUGGGGUUUCAAACACUGAUCUCCCCAAAAUACUAAUUAGGAACACUUACUUUUUGACUUCAAGCUUGGAGAAAUCCAUUAUCCCUCGCUAUGAGGUCAUUAGAAGUUUCGUUCGCAAUGAUAAAGAGGUAGUUUCAACUUUGAAGCGUGGAACAUGGGGCACACACAAUGCUUGGAUUGUAAAUGAUGCAGUUCAGAAUAUUGAGGUUUUGAGGAAGCUUGGUGUGCUUCAAGGUUCCAUUUCUCUACUGGUAUCCAAUUUUCCCAAUGUAGCAUUCGCCAGGCAUUCUAGAUUUGUUAAGGCUGUUAAUUCAGUCAAAGAAAUGGGGUUUGAUCCUUUGAUGUCUUAUUUUGUUUUGGCAGUUCAAGUAAUUGCAAAGAUGAACAAAGAGAAUUGGGAAUCAAAAAUCAAGAUUUUUGAGAGGUGGGGUUGGUCGAGAGAUAUGUGUCUUUUAGCUUUCCAAAAACAGCCUCAUUGUAUGAUGUUGUCAGAAAAAAAGAUUAUGAAAACAAUGAACUUCUUGAUGAACGAUGUGGGUCUUCCACCACAAGACAUUGUAGGAAGCCCUGCUGUUCUGUUCCGUAACUUGGAGAAGACACUUAUUCCUAGAUGUACAGUUAUUAAGAUUUUGAAGUCAACGGGUUUGAUAAAGAGUGGUUUGCGCAUAAGUACCUUUAUUUGCAUAACUGAGAAAACAUUUUUGGGGCGAUAUGUGACCCCAUUUCGGAAAGAUUUACCAUUGUUAUUGGAUGCAUAUAAAGACGAAAUGGCAAAGCCAUUAUAAAUUCACACACACAAGUGGAGGUAGCGGAGUUCGAACCUCAGUCAUGGCAUCCGGCUUAACAAUUUCGGCAUUUUACCAGCUGAGCUAAGACUUGUGGAUAACAAUGAUAUGUAUGAGAAACAGGGUGAUGCUCAAUUGAGAAAGGAGGAUGAGAAGAAGAAAGCAAAAACCACCGUGACAUGGUACGACAUCGAAUGCGAAGGAUCCGGAAAAAAGAAAAGAAAGCAAUGCAAAUGUGUUAAUGUACAAUUUCAACAAGAUGGGAAGGAGUGAAAGAACAUGUUAUUUUGGUCCACAACCAAAAGUAGGUGCUCUAGGAACUGUCGAGGACAACCCAAUUGACUUAAGUGAUGAGGGAGAUGAUUAAAAGUAAUGGCCUGUAAUAAUGUCAUAUCUUUUGGAUGUUAGUUUAUGUUUUUAGAUUUGUUGCGCAUUUUGGUACGUUUGGUAUACAUUUUGGCACUUUCAAUAAAUUUGAAUAAAAUUGCACAAG